UUUAAAACGAAUCUCCGAACUACACGUGGCGUUAACUCUUUCACUAUUUACUCCGAUACAAACUUCCUGGUCCUCUGUUUUUCGUUGUGUUCUCACAAAUCUCUCUGUUUUCUGCCCGCCAAAUAAAGAAACUAGAACAAAAUGGCUUCUAUUUCUCACUUGAACCAAAUCCCAUGCAAGACCCUCUCAGUAACCCAAUUAAUUUCCAAGCCAGCAACUUUCGCACCGAAUUCGGUCAAGGUCGGCCCGAAACGAAUUGGGAAAUCAUGGAUUCGGGCCGGGGAAUUCGUCCGGGAGCGACAGAGUUUCCGGGUCCGGGCGGUGAACGAUAACGAGUUGAGCCCGGAGAAGGAGGAGGGUACAUCUGGGGCUUCGGUUGCGGUGGCGGAGGAGGAGGCGAAGCCGGGCGAGAUUGAUAGGCUGAAGAAGGCGCUGGUGGACUCGUUUUACGGGACAGAUUUGGGCCUGAGAGCGACGAGCGAGACGAGAGCAGAGAUUAUUAAGAGAGAGUGCAGGCAAGUGCGCUGGAGGCGAAGAAUCCGACGCCGGCGCCGAUUGAGGCCUUGGCUCUGCUCAAUGGAAAAUGGAUUCUCUCGUACACAUCUUUUGUAGAGCCGCCUAAAGCGAAUACUGAAGUAAAAGAGACAAGAACCUUGAGAGGCCUCGUAACCCUUUCUGAACUAUAACCAUUAUCUGAAGGAGGAAAGAGACUAUCAAAAUCCGAAAAAGGUGCCCAUAAAGAAGGAGUACUAUAGACAGUUUCACAAGUCUCUACCCCAAGAUCAAACUACAUGGGAGCCUAACACCCACAAAACCCAAGAAGCACAAUAGAAAAGACAGAAAAAUAAAGCAAAUAAGGGGAAUACAAAAGACAACAAAAUAGCAGUAUAUUUAGAAUGGAAAAAGCAGAAAAACUACGUACAAAAGACCCAACAAACAGCUGUAUGGGCGGCGGAAGAGUCUGGAUGGAGAUAUUUUGUGAAAUUUGUGGAAACCCACAGAAAGUUCAAGAAUUAGAAUCCGACAAAAUAGAAGAUUAUGGAGUUUGUUUGAAUGUCCACCUCAUACGACCUUCUUUGGCUUCCUUACCUCCGAGACACAAAAUCCUUCACAGUCAGCCAACUUGGUCAUCCACGUUUCAAAAGGAUGUCCAACAAUUAGUGCCCCUAGUAUCGGAGCACCCAUGUCUCUUUUUCUUCAAGACACAAAUCCUUCAUCGUUUAUAAAGAUCACCACUAGUGGGACAAAAUUAUCAUUUAACUAAUGCACAAAUAGAUAUGUACAAGUUUUAUAUAAUAAAGGCUUUAAAAUAUUACCUCAAUGAAUUACUAGUUUAUUUUGAAAAAAUAUAUUGAAAUAAAGUCCCUAAUCUAAAGUAAUUAUUAUGACUGUUGUUAGGUUUUUGAAUUGGUUAAUUUAGUGAUAAAAUACUUCUGUCUACAAUUUGUUCAAACCACGUGUUCAUAGAAGACCCACCGAAAUGCUCGUUUUCAACCUCAUCUAAAGAAUGCCCGAACGAGUAAGUUUCAUAGACCCCAAGGGGCUUGUAAGCAAUCGUGUCCGCAAUUGGUCCAAAUGAGCUAAGUUUCAUAGACCCCUGAGAAGCUCGUCGGCAAUCUCAUCCGCAGUUGAUCCGAAUGAGCUAAGUUUUAUAGGCCCCUCGAGAAGCUUAUCAACACUCGUUCACAAUGCAUACGGACGCGCCGUACCAAAAAUUCUAGUUUAGUUGUAAUUAACCUAGUUUUGUCUGGAUGAGUAAAGACCUCGUACGGAUACCGACUAAGUUGUUUAUCUUGAUUUAGUUUGUCUUUCGUUAGACUAGGGUCUCUUGUAGUCUAUUAUAGGAAAUUGAUAUGCCCCGAUUAUUUAGAGAUUCUACAUAAUAAUUAAAUGUGUCAAAAAAGUUUUUGAGAUCUAGAGCGUAAACGAUAAUUUAAUAAUUGUUCAAAAGCUACUACAGUAGAAAAC